AUGGCUCCCUCUCACCGCCGUGGACCUUGGGUCCCCGAGGAAGACCAACUGCUCCUCCAACUGGUGCGCGAACAAGGCCCCAACAACUGGGUGCGCAUCUCCCAACACAUGCACUACCGCUCGCCCAAGCAAUGCCGCGAACGCUUCCACCAAAACCUCAAGCCCUCUCUCAACCGCGAGCCCAUCUCCGCCGACGAGGGCCUGCUGAUUGAGCGCAUGGUCAAUGAGAUGGGCAAGCGUUGGGCCGAGAUCGCCCGCCGCCUGGGCAACCGCAGCGACAACGCCGUCAAGAACUGGUGGAACGGCAGCAUGAACCGCAAGCGCCGUGGUCUCUCCACCCCCACGGCCUCGCGCACCUUCAAUGGCCGCAUCGAGGCCCCCUUCGCCCGCGCCUCCCUGGUGAGCCCCUCCCGCCCGCGCUUUGCAACUCGCCCGUGGGCCGAAUCGCCCAGGGACUCGUCCGACCACUUCUCCCACUCGCGCCGCGAGUCGACCGUCUCAACCCGCCAGCUCUCUCCCAUCUAUACCCUUCCCUCCAUCAACCGCCCCAUCGAGACCCCUUUGACCUCUCCUGCCUUUUCCGAGGUCUCGAAUGCCCACUCGAUUGAGCCACCGUCCAUGGUCUCAGAUCACAAUUCCGUCUGUUCGUCGUCGCCUCGCACAUUGCCAUCGCCGCAGCUCCUUCCGCUGCCGGUGGACCUGCGCUCACAGUAUGACGCCCGGCGGUCCAGCGCUCCUUCCGUCCAUGUGGUGGACGACUCCCCACCCAGCUGUCCCGCCCGUUCGCUGGAGCCGCUCUCGGACACCGCCUCCAAACGGCGGUGGAUGGAGCACCAGCCGACCCUGGCUUCCUGGCAUCAACCCACCGACUCGCUUUCCAGGGCGUGGGAAACCAGUCCUGUCGAGCCCACCCGCGACACGCGGAUGGGUCUGAAUAACCUCCUCAACUAA